UCCUAAAUUCUCCAAAAUCACACUCUCGGAGAAGGAGAAGAAAAACUAGAUUAGCGAAAAAUGUCUUCCGUUGCAGCUAUGGUUUUCAGGGGAGCUAGAUCGCUUCUAGCUCCUGCUUCUCGAGCCACCUCUUCUUUGGUUUCAACUUCUAGAAGUAUAAGCACUGUCACAGCUGGAUCCACUAAGAAAACGGCGGCGAAAACAAAGGCCAAGGCCAAGGCUAAGCCUAAGCCAAAGGCGAAAUCAGAGUCUCCGGCAAAGAAGACACCGAGGUCUACCGGACUCUUUAAGGUGACUCCUGUGUCUCCAGUUCUCGCUCAGUUCCUUGGUACCGGUGAAACUACACGUACCGACGCCAUCAAGGGGAUUUGGACCUACAUCAAAUCCCACGAUCUUCAGAACCCAGCUGACAAGAGGGAGAUUUUCUGCGAUGAGACACUGAAGCUAAUCUUUGAAGGGAAAGACAAAGUUGGGUUUCUAGAGAUUUCAAAACUCUUGUCCCCGCACUUUGUGAAGACUGCUUGACCAAUAACUAGCUUAGUUUGGAAACUCCUGAUUUGGUUUUUGAGUAAGCUCUUUCUGAGUGAUCUUAUCUUGUUAAUGUUGUCAAGAUCUUUCCACUUUUUUCCUUCCUCUUCCCAAACAUGGUUUGACACUUUGACUAAUGAAGAAAUAUUUUGGCAUAAGCUCUAAA